GUGCAGAAGAGGCAUUUCAGGCCUAAUGGCGACUGUGGAAGCAAGCAGCAGCGAUGGGAAAGGGCAAGGGGUGGAAACCCCCGUCACCUAUUACCGUUUGGAGGAGGUAGCGAAGCGCAACACCUUGAAGGAGAUGUGGCUCGUGAUCCACGGACGAAUCUACGAUAUCACCCGCUUCCUUAACGAGCAUCCUGGUGGAGAAGAGGUUUUGCUGGAACAAGCUGGUGCAGAUGCGAGUGAAAGCUUUGAAGAUGUAGGCCACUCCUCUGAUGCCAGAGAAAUGCUAAAGCAGUACUAUAUUGGUGAUGUGCAUCCGAAUGACCUUAAACCUGAAAGUGGUAACAAGGAUCCUUUGAAAAAUAACACAUGCAAAAGUUGCUGGUCAUGUUGGAUUUUCCCCAUCAUAGGCGCUAUUCUCUUAGGUUUCCUGUACCGUUCCUACUACAUGUCGGAAAGCAAAUCCUCCUGAGGAGGCCUUGUUGAAGCCUGGAAAGCCUAUCCACUUGGGAGUGAAAACUACAGACUUGUUUGGAGGCUGCAGCAGUGCCCUGUUCUCAAAUCCUUCCAGUUGUGUUCUUCCCGCUUGGAGCCUAGACGGUUGGCUGCGCAUCCACCUCAGACCUGAGGACAAUGUCCUUUCUCAGAACCUGCUCAUUGUUCGAUGUCCUUGCCAGUGUUUCCUGUCUUCCCUAGUUUUCACAAGCACCUUCAUAUUACAAAAUUUUCUGUUAAUGACUGCAAUCCAUAUGCCCUAGUAACAUUGCCCUUUGGUAAAAAUGCCUGCUUUCCAAUACUUUGAAUGCACAUUAGACAUUCUUAACACAGCAGCAUACUCUGGUUUUUGAAGCUUUUCUUUUUCCAUUUUUCUUUUAAGUAAAUAUUAUUUUAAAAUUCUGCCCUGGCCAGUUUGGCUUAGCAGU